AUACCUAGAGAUCGGCUGGAAAAUUAUUUCCUCAGCGAUUCGUCGUCAGUUUACUGAGUGAUUUACACAGUGAAAGACUGCGGAAAAAUGAGCUCUUGUCGAGCUGGUACGUCUGGACACUACAAUGGCGCAGCCAGAAACGCUCCCAAAAAGAAAUCCACAGGCCAAGCAGCGAAGAGAGAGAAGCAGUUAUUGGAAGCUUUGGAGCUUGAAAAAAAACGGAGUGCAGCUCUAUCGACGAUGCUAAAAAAAGCUCGUGCUGAUAAGAAGCAGCUGGAAGCAAAUUUGGGAGACGGUGGCAGUGUUUUUUUUUCGUGGCCAUUCCACGCUUCGCGAGGAUUUUAGCACCAGUCAAAACGAGUCGAUGUUAUUGACCUCAAUGUCAUUCGCAUCUAUGAAUAUUCCUGAAUGCAAACCCGACGAUGGGGAGCAGGAUAUCGACAAGAAUUCAUAUGAGCAGUGGAAAAGACUCCUCGAGGCUUCAAUGAACUUAGUCGGAGUAACAGAAGAAUCCAUGAAAUUCAACGUCUUCAAGAUUAAGGCUGGUCGCAAACUAUUGGAGAUUUUUGAGGGUACCAUUUCUUCGCCAUCGAUGCCAGGUAAAGCUCAGUCGCCGUACUCAAAUGCUAUUCGCCGUCUGGAUGGAUACUUCGGAUCUCGUGAUUACGUACUGCUACAACGCCAAAAACUUCGAUCGACCUUUCAAAAACCCGAUGAAAGUGAUAUGUGCUACGUGAAACAUGUAAUUGCGGUAGCCAAGCUGUGCGAAUACGGUGAGGAACAAUUAUUGGAAAACGUUGCGGAUGUUUUGCUACAUCACGCUCUGAACAUUCAGGCUCGCAAAGCAGGACGAAAAAUCAGCCGUAAAGGCGGUUCGCUCGCCGAUUUGAUGAUCAAAAUUCGUGCUUGUGAGGCCGAACAACUAAACGAAGAGAUUUUUGCCAAGAACCAUCGCCAGGAUAAGCAAGCUAGCAUCGCCGCUGUAGGUCGCAGUCAUCCGUUUCAAGGUAGAAGUUCACAUGAUCAGAGACCUAGAUUAAUUGGACCUCCAAGUCGAGUUACUACUAAACGCCGUGGGAAUGAUGUACGGAACAGCGGUAGCUGAUGUUGGCGGUGCACCAGCUACAAUCACACACACGACGACUGCCAUGCUAAGCUCAAGAUAGAGGAGUACAAUACACGCGCAAUAUCCGGGACAUAAAGUUGGCAGCAGAUUCUGGUAACAAUGAAAAUGACCAGGAUUCAGAUAAGCAACAUGAUGGAGUUGAAGAUCAAGGACCACAACUCACUGAUAUUUCUGUUGAUUUCCCUAAUGACUCUAAAGUACAGAAAGAGCUCGCGACAAAGUAAAGGAAGAAGAUUUCAAACGAAAGUCAAAAAGAGUUUCACGAAAGCCAGAUCGUUUUAGAGAUAUGUUCCAAUAUCGCGUUUAUCAAUGAAGAGUAGGAGAGAAAGAGGAUGUAGGGGAUACGGGUUACAUAAAAUAAA